CCUGUCUGUCUGACUGACUUCCAGUGCUCGUGCACGCCCCUCGCUCGCGCUCACCUGCGAGUUGUAUCACCUGAGCCCUCGAGCUCAAGUGUAGAGAAGCAGGAUGGCAAGAUAUAUUUACAUUUUUAUUCUGAUCCUGAUCCAUUGCGUCUUAUACAACGCCACAGAUCAGAUAUUAAAGAACUAUAAGGUGGUCAAACCUCAGCUAGUUCAUGAGCGUUGGAAGAGACAUUCAGAUAUCACACAAACACCUGAACAGGAAACACAUGCAGACAGUGUUAAAUACUCGAUCAACAUUAAUGGCAGUGAACGAUUACUACACCUUACAAAGAACACGGAAUUUUUAUCAAACAACUUUGUCAUGUUUACCCAGGAUGCAGAGAUGAACGUGAAAGUACACACAGAAAAACCUGUGCUCUGUCACUAUCAAGGAUACGUGGAGGGUUAUGAAGACUCUCUUGUUGCUCUCAGCACAUGUGACGGUCUCAGGGGUGUGAUUUUCUUAGGCAAUGAAAGCUACGGAGUGGAACCCGUCCCGCAUUCCCAAGCCAAUGAACAUCUCCUCUUUCUGUUGAAGGACAAUCGGCCAGACCCAUUUGUAUGUGGACUGGCCAAUGACAUUUCUCAGAGCGAGGACCACUCGCAGCAGCUUACCAUGUCUAUGUUUUUAAGGAAGAAACGAACAUUACCUCAAACCAAAUAUGUGGAGUUAGCCAUAGUUGUUGACCACCAGAGGUUUGUGCUUAAGAACCAGGACAAAUCUGCAGUGCAGGACGAGGUGGUCAACCUGGCAAACCUGCUAGAUACGUAUUACAAACCACUGAACAUUCGGAUAGCACUGACUGGUUUAGAGAUCUUUGACCUAGAAAAUCCCUUUAAUGUGGAGGGCACUGCUGGAGGAGUAUUGGGCAACUUUGUGAAGUGGAGAACCGAACAACUUUUACCUCGACUCAGGAAUGACGUGAGCCAGCUCAUUGUGGGUCGCUCAGGUGCAUACAGUGGAGGUGCGCUUGGCAUGGCUUUUGUAGGGACUGUAUGCUCCGCUCACAAUGGUGGUGCAAUCAAUGUGUUCAGCAAUAAAACUUCUCUGCAGUACUUCUCUACAAUAAUGGCUCAUGAGCUUGGUCAUAAUUUGGGCAUGAGCCAUGACACCAGUUACUGUUCAUGUAGUGGGACGAAGAGUUGUAUUAUGCUACCCACUGCCAGUGGAUCGACACUAUUUAGUAACUGCAGUGAUCAUUAUUUCGAGAAGCUGAUUUUGAAUGGAGGUGGGGCAUGUUUGAGGAACCAGCCCUCUGCAGGCCACAUCAUCACGACGCCAAAGUGUAUGAAUGGCAUUCUGGAGAGAGGAGAACAAUGUGACUGUGGUACUCCGGAGGAGUGCAAAAAUAAAUGUUGUGAUGCUGCCACAUGCACUCUUACGAAGAACUCUGCCUGUGCCAUGGGAACCUGCUGUCAAGACUGUCAGAUCUUGGUUUCGGGAUCACCUUGCAGACCUUCGGUGGACCCCUGCGACCUGCCGGAAUUUUGCAACGGAACGUCUGAGUUCUGUCCGUCUGAUUUCUACAUUAUGGACGGCCUGCCAUGUAUCAAUAACACUGCGUACUGUUAUGAGGGCCGCUGCCAGACCUUUGACUAUCAGUGCAAACAGCUUUUCGGCUCAGGCGCAAGGAAAGCAGAUGAUAAGUGUUUCAGUUACGUCAAUACGCAGGGUAAUCAGUUCGGGAACUGCGGAUACAGCGGAUCUAAAUAUACCCCUUGUGCUGUGAAGGACGCUAUGUGUGGGAAAAUCCAAUGCCUAUUUGACAGCAACAAACCUCCAGCAGGAGCCAUAGUCAGUGUACAGUCCAUAGAGGGAGACGGAGGUCAAAUCACGUGCAUGAACGCUGACUUCAACAUGGGUCCAGAUGUGCCAGACCCGGCCUACGUCGAAAUCGGUUCUGCCUGUAAUCCUGGAGAGAUGUGCUAUCACUUCACCUGUCAAAAUGCUUCAGUUUUGGAUCAGAGUAAGAAGUGUGAUGCCCGGAUAAACUGCAGCAAUAACGGAGUGUGUAAUGAUCAAUUCAACUGUCAUUGUGAUAAUGGCUGGGCUCCACCCAACUGUAACAAGGGAGGUAGAGGUGGAAGUAUUAACAGCGGCCCUGCACAGAUUGAUUACUCGCUGAGAAAUGGUCUCCUGAUCUUCUUUCUUCUGGUGGUGCCAGUUCUGGUGGUCUUAAUCGUUGUUUUGCUCUACGUGUUCAAACGGGACUGUUUCAGCCGUUGUUCCUGUGACCGCCCUUCCAAACGCAACAUGUCAUCUAAUGCAGCAAAUGGUGCGACGAAUGCCCAGCCAAAUGCACGGUCAAACGCCAACGCAGCAAGAACGUCAACCCCACAGUCAAGGACACAGCCAAAUACGCCAUCAUCAUAUGUAGUCAAUACCUCUGUAUCUCAUCCAAGACAAGGACCAGGAGCCCCCAAACCAAUCCCACCCAGACAGACACAAGUCGUAUGAUGUUGCACACUGUAUUGGUAUCUUGGAUUAUGAGUGAUGAUGGAUUAACUUCUCCUGGUGAAGUUGCCUUUGUCUGCCAAAUUUCUGUCCUCCAAAACUUUUGAAGCAGAUGAUGGUUAAAGGUAUUUGUUGUCUAAAGAAAUGUUUACACAGAUUUUAAUCAAUGCUUUUCUACUGUAUCUCCUUUAAACACAUAUGAAGGUUAGUAUGUUUCAGUGUGACUUUAAGGGAAGUUACGUCUUCAUGUAAACAUCUUCCUUGAGUUAAAGCACAUUAGUACACGCACUGUUCUGUGAGAAUCUAUUUUGAGUUAAUUUCAUCCAUUACUUUAUACAUUAGACAAUUGUUUUAUAACAUUCAUUGUCUUGCAUUUAUGUAAUGUGGAUAUGUGGUCAUUGUUAUUCUUUUUAUCUGCAUUGUAAAAUUGUACAAUUAUAAUGUUACCCAAAAGAUGUAUUUUAUUUGUUGUGUAUUGUCAGAAUCAGAAUAAUAAAAGAAAUUGUAUAUUUAUAUUGAAAAA